UCCCUUGAAAUCAUCCCGAAAUCCGGUCAAAGGGUGCAGAUUAAGCACCAGACUUGGGGAGACAGAAGCUGACCCGAGUUGUUAGUUUUCAGGUGGUCUUGCGGCUGCACGCCUCCGGCAUGCACCUUGAGCUGCUGGAAAAAAAUCACGAGAUGAUUGAGAAAUCGGAGUGCACGCAGCUCACCAUGAUCCAACCUACCCCAAGCUCCAAGCUCCUAAUCACAACGCUAUAAAACCUGCACUGCUCGCGCGUCUCCUCCUCACCACCUCGCCGGCAAGAACAGCCAAGGAGCCAGAGAGCAGAGCGAGCCAUGGAGCAGAGCAAACCGUCCGUCUUCCUCGGCCUCCUCGUGCUCCUGGCCUGCGCCGGGUCGGGGCACGGCGCGCGCCUCCUCCACGACGUCGACGCCGAGGGGUACGCCCAGGAGUUCGACUUCGGCUCCAUGGCCGCCGCGGAGACCGAGACCGCGCCGCAGGACGCGUCCCUGGACGACUACGAGGACGAGAUCAGCCGGGUGGAGUUCGAGCCGGGGCGCGGCGCGUACUACGCCGGCACGGUCACCGCAGCCGCACCCGGCCCUGCCCCAGGUCCGGCGACGGCGGGGAGCGACGCCGCCACCGCGAGGCCCGGCACUGACAGCAUGAAGUGGUGGCUGCCGCCGUCAACCAUGCCGUCGUUCCCGCUGUUCCCGAACCCCGGCGGCAUGCCCGGGAUGCCGAUUCCUGCCAUGCCCGUGCCCUUGCCUGCCCUCCCCGGGAUGCCCGCCAUGCCCAUGCCGGGAGGCAUGCCAGGCGGCGGCAUGCCCAUGCCCAUGCCAGGAGGCAUCCCGGGCGGCGGCAUGCCUAUGCCUAUGCCUAUGCCAGGAGGCAUCCCAGGCGGCGGCAUGCCGUUCAACUUCAAGCCGGAAGGAUGGGGCGGUGGCGCCGGCGCCGGCGCGGUGCCAUCGCCGCCAAGCCGUGCGCAGCCGACGCCUCCUGCCGCCAGCGCAAGCGAUGGCGCCAACGACAGCACCGGCGACAACCCGAGCACGAACGAGGUCACCAACUGACAAGGAAGGAAGGAGAAAUAGUGGCAUCAAUCACUUGACCUGUGUUCAUGGCAUAGAGUCUAGCCCAGAAUCUUUUAUACCAGCGGUGUAGUAGUUACUAGCACCACCACUGCUACAUGCCAUGACUCUAAAAAAUGCUCAUACAAAUUCAAAAUGAUGAACAAUUCUUUUUAUGGGCCGUCUCUUGUUUGCCUUUGCCAAAGUGGAACACCAUUCAUGGAUUUGUAGAGAUAUACUUUCUCAUUUCCUAAAUAUAAGUCUUUUUAGAGACUCCACUGCAGACUGUAUACGAAGUAAAAUGAGUGAAUCUACACUCUAAAGUAUGUCUAUAUAUAUCAGUAUGUAGUCUGUAGUAAAAUCUCUAAAAAAAACUUGUAUUUAGGAACAAAGUGAGUAUCAUCGUGAAUCAAAGUGUUCUCGUUAUCACUGGCCCAAAGACUCGCAAACCCUUCAUAUUCAGUAUUCAAUGUAGCCGCGAUUCGAGAUCCAGGUCUCCCCACACCAGAUACAACAUGGCACAUGAGCAAAAGGGCACCAGAUAUAUAUAGAUGAGCGAGAUCAGCCAGAGGGAGCUGAUGAUACCGCGGUCCAAGCAAGCUGCUGUGUUGCAUAACUGUUUACAUUAUUG